GCCAAAGCUCAUUGGCCACUGGUGUGGAGUUCCAUAGCACUUGUGCGCAUAUAUCAUCGCUCUCUUCGGCCGUUUUUCUCUCCCCUUAUCUCUCUCUCUCUCUCUCUCUCUCUCUCUGCUUUGCUCUUCUGCUUGUAACUGUACCGACAUGGCUCCUAGCAAAUGGGGUUUCUCUGCUUCCGUUUAGAACUCAAAUUAAGCUGCUCCUUCCACUUACUCUACAAGCACUUCUACAAUUGAGUUCUUCUCCACCAACCUCACUGUUAAAACGGCAUUGUAUGGAAUAUUUGAAUUAGAAUUAAGUAAAACUCAUUGCUGGGAUCAUUAAUUUUGGAGGACAGUAUGGCUAUGCAAACUGUGUAUUUCAAGGGACAUGAAGGAAUUGCCCCUAAUCCCAUAGGCCAGUUUUCAUCUUCAUUGUCAGGACCUUGGUGGAGUUCCUUGGGAUCUCAACCGGUGUAUGGUGAAUCCUGUGGCCUGUCGAAACCUUCUACUAAGGAGCAGCCCAAUACUGGGGACCAUUUCACUGCCACUAAACUUGCCGGGCGGGGUACUGAACAAGGACUGGAAAAAGGGAACACAAAUCAGUUCACUAUCUUUCCUGGGGAUGGACAGAAGUCCCAGGCAGCAAUCUCUCUGCAAUCAUCUCCGGGAAAAUAUCAUGGUCAUUUUGAGCUUGGAUUCAGCCAGCCAGUGAUUUGCGCAAAAUAUCCAUUUAUGGAUCAAUGCUAUGGACUAUUCUCAACCUAUGGACCUCAAAUUUCGGGACGCAUUAUGCUGCCACUGAACUUGACUGAGGAUGAAGGACCAAUCUAUGUAAAUGCUAAGCAGUACAAUGGAAUCAUGCGUCGCCGACAAUCCCGUGCGAAGGCUGUCAUUGAGAACAGAGCAGCUAGACUGCGUAAGCCGUAUAUGCAUGAAUCGCGCCAUCGUCAUGCAAUGCGCCGACCAAGGGGCUGCGGUGGUCGUUUUCUGAACACUAAGACUAUGAACAAUGGGGACAAAGGAACUGAAGGGAAGCAAGUUGGUGAUGGGCAGCUGUUUAGGCUUUCGGGUUCUCAGAGUUCUGAAGUCCUGCAAUCCGAUAGUGGAACUUUAAACUCGUCAAGGGAAACGAAUGGCAGCAUUUCUAACAUAUCCGGAUCAGAGGUGACAAGUACGUACUCUAGGGGAGACCUUGAUUGUUUUUCAAUCAAUCAUCCUGGUCCCUCCUUGCACUCUCUCUCAGACAUGAGAGAUAGUGCGCGUGGUAUGGUCAUUCCAACCAAAUGGGUUGCAGCAGGAGAUAACUGCUGCAACCUCAAUGUUUGAUAGCAAAGGAAAAGAUGGGGUUGGUGCCAACUCCGUUGCCUCAACCCCAUCUACUCCGCAACCAGAUGGAGAAGCCUUGUUGCAGUUUCUGUUAAGGCUGUUGCAACAGGCUUUCGGUUCUAGGAUUGUCCUGCCCCCAUUUGGUUGCUGUCGAAAGGCAAAUCAUUCUUGGCUAAUGCUUGCGGAAAAGUUUUCCUGCCGUUCGAUGCAGUCAUCCUGUUCGGGCGGCUAGCGAAAACAGCGGAAACCUUGAAGCAGCAUAAAUUAAUCAGUAGACUGUAUAUAUGGCUCUCUUCCCAUAAGAGGAAUCAAAACUUAAGAGUCUGGUGUGUGUUUGUGAUAAGAAAAAAAAAAAAGCUAAAUGUCUUGUGUAAUACUGUAAUAUCUUAGUGUCUGGAUUUUUGACCUACUUGAUUGGUGUGAUGUAUAACUGAAUGCUUGUGUUGUGUUCCGAACGUUUGGAAGAAUAAUGUAUCAUAUUUUAAGACAUA